CAUCAAUUAUUAAAAUUAUGUGGUUUUGUUAAAAUGCUUGAAUUGUACUAUUGAGUAUUUGAAUUUCAAAGCAAAGGGAGUAAAGACAUUGAACUCACAUUAGGUAUAGUACCUAUUUAAACAAAAAUGAAGUUAUUUUCGUCAAGGAGGAAUAGUACGUUAAAGUUAACAGAGCUCCAAAGCAAUAUUCAAGCGCUCACCGCGUUGUACAUGCCAAUGAAUUUAAAUACAGAGUUCCAUAAGUCUAAGGUGGCAGCCGUGAAGAAACUGCAUUUCAUUUUAAGACACACAAACAGAAAACUGCUCCAGGAACAAGAUUUUGAACCAUUACUUCUGGGGUCUCUAACCCUGGUCUAUUACUUUGGCAUGCGAAUUAAAUUAAACAGACUCAUCUCAAAGUAUUGGCAUUGGUGUGGCAGACGUCAUUUUCAUCAAGCAGAAACCGCAUUUCAAAUAACUAUGGACAUGCUGUUACCAGAAUGCAAUGAAGCUACAAUCAAAAUUACUCUUAAGUUCUUUACAGAGGUGCAACUUUGGUCUUAUGAGAGUUUCGUUGAACAAAUCCUGGAAGUGCUUCUGUUCUUCGACAGAGGGAAGACGACACUCUUCAACAUCAUGCUCACUGACAUUCACUAUGUCCUGUUCAUCGACGUGGAGUCGGUGACCAGGCAUCGCAUGAGAGUCUUGUACAAUUUACUCAAAAGUUCUAAUUGGGUAAUUGAAAAUGGAAAGCUUUUACCGUUCGUCACACGAUUGUUAGAUUUUUUCACUUAUAGCGUAUCAAAAGAUGACGGAAGGACAUCACAGUACAGGUAUCUUAGAAAAGGUUUCGAAGUAUGUCUGCGUCGAAUCUUCGAAAGAGUGGAGAACAAGCAUCGUAAGUUGAUAAUAACUACAAUGCUGAACUGGUUCUCAAUGGUUAACAUGAAUCAGGAGCAUGUUCUAGAGUUCUCCACGUUGUUAGACCACGCUGCCGAAUUCUAUCAAGUGGGUGUAUACAAAGAUAGCUUCGGCCAAGGAUUGAUUGAACAUGUGCUCGUGAACUUGGUAGGGUCGUCGAGUGCCACCAACAGUCUUGUUGGUUGUAGGCUUAUGCUGAAAUUCUUAGACCGCGAGCACAACUCACAAUUUCUCGUAAUUCCAACGUUGUUUUAUGAAUUUUCACAGGUGCGACUGAAAGUUGGUAAAUAUGACAUCAAAGACAAGCUCUUCAUUCGAUAUCACAGGGAAAAGCUAAACAAUAAUCUGUUGAAGGCGAUUAAAAGACACGGCACCAAUAUUGUGAAUCUGAAAACAAUAUACACAAUAGUGUGCUGCAUGGUGCUGGAAGUACCUUGCGGGCUGACGGCUGCAGCCGCCGCUUGUAUCGUGAUGGCCAUACAAGACCAGGCUCUGAAUGGAGAGAACAUACCGGCGCCCUGCAGAUACUGGCUGCAUGCCGUCGUUGUGUCCAUCAUGUCCCUGAUAUGUUGGGUCCACAAGGCGCCCGUGCUCUACACCUACGUGAACCACAUUGUAGCACGCCGAGCGAAGGAGGCUCCACAACUGAACCCCCCAUUGAUGUACUUUUACAAGAUUGGCAGGCACCACGUCACUUGGAAUAAACCUACUCUAUUCUUUGAAGAUUGGGAGUUACGUUAUGCGCUCUGGAAACAUUUCCAAGAUACUCGGACCACAUCAUUUAGUAAGCAGACCCCUUCAAAAAAAGUGCCUUCACUCGAUUUACAAAAUUGAAAAGAAGAAAGUCUUACAUACAAGUUGAAACAAUGUUUACAAUGUUAAGUUCAAUUAGAAGUAACGAUUGAAUUGUCCGUGUGCGAAUAAUGAUAGGUUACGAGACUUAUUGGAUUACCAGAUUAUAUCGGAGGAAGUAAUUUGCGAGGAUCCUGCUAUGCUUUGCAGCACUUCUGGUCUUAUUAGUUGUGAAAACAGAAGGACGCAACAAGAAGGUGGUGAUCCACGUACCAGUGAAGGUGAAGAAGAUAAAGCACACGCACACGGUGUACAAGACCAUCCACCACCACCACAAG